AUGUCGUUUUGGCCGUUUAAUAAUGCAUUGAAUAGCAAUAAUGCAUUGCUGAAAUUUCUAGAGUCCAUUAAUGAGGUUUCGUUGGUGACGGUAGAGGAUAUGAUGAAGGAUCCUACAUUAAUGCAGGAAAUAUUUAAUGAGCUACUGAGUAUCAAAGGUCAUUUCAAUAAGAAUGGGGGGCCCGUUCACUUUCUGCCGACGAGUGGUGCUCCUGAGCAUAUGAAUUCCAAUUCCAAUUCCAAUGCGAAUGCGAAUCCAAAUGCAAAUUCGGAUUCGGUAUCAUUUACAUCUUCAAACGAUAAUGUCGGGGGAGCAACAAAUUUCAAGGACUCAAGAGGGGUCAGGCUAGUUGAGUUGAUGAUACAGCCCCACAUCUUGUCGGGGCUCAUUGGUAUCUUGGAACAAAGUGUUGAUUUCUUUUUUGAGCAACGGCUUAAAGAGGAAGAUAAGGUGCGAAAAACUAUUGAGGAAUAUAACCCCGUUACAGAUAUCCAGGAAUGUGAAGAAAUUGCCGAUAUAAAGUCGGAAGAAGAAGCCCUGGAAGAGAAAUUUCGUAGGUGCGUGCAGAUUGCUGCAGACAUACUUUCCAUUGAUAUGUGGGUGAUACUGAAUAGGAUUAUCGAAACACCGGGGAUAAUGAAUAAACUAUGGAUGAUUUUGAAAUUGCCGCACUUGCAAGAAAAUUCUCCAACUGUAUCGUAUAUGGUGCGCAUAUUGGAUCAGCUAUUGGAUGCCAAUAGUAUAGAGUUGCUCAAUUAUGUUAGGCGGCAAGAAGAUUUGGUUGAUACAUUUUUGGCCAAAAUUGAAGUGCCUGCAAUUAUGGAUUUUUUCUUUAGGAUUAUACAAACUGAUAAACCAGAUUCUCCAACGGGGAUUUUGGAAACAAUAGGUCUGCAGAAUGUCAUCAAGAAAUUGAUCGAUAUUCUAAAGCCAUUGCCUGACCAAUUUGAUCAAACGCCAUAUAUCCCCGAUCACCAACAAUAUUUCAAGCAAAGCUCAGCUACUGAUUUUUUGAAGGCAUUAGUAACAAUCUCAUCAAAUGCGGCUUUAGCAGUAGUCAUGGAAACGAACAUUGGCCCUAAUCAGUUGACAAGAGAACUAGUUUCUCCAGAAAUAGUCAACACAAUAAUUAAUGAUAUUAUGUUGAAAAAAGUGAAGGGAAAAGAUGGCAGGAUCCAGACAAACAAACACGGUAUCAACAAUUGUGUUAGUAUUGUGAUAGAUCUUAUUAGAAAGAAUAAUUCCGAUUAUGAUUUGAAUUGCGGAUCUUAUAGCUCCAUGCUACAAAAUGGAGAUGGAAGUACCGGAGAAAUCAACUCCUAUGUACUGUUUCAAUGGCUCAAAGAUUUUGAACAGAACCCUCCAAGUUCCAGAGACCCAAUCUAUUUGGGAGACAUGUUGCAAAUUUUCUCGGACAAUCUUGACAAUUUUCUAGAAUUAUUGGAAAUUGAACCUAUUGCGCCACCUGAAGUUACCUCGGAAAUACUAGGAUUCACGAGGUUCAAAAUAUCCGAGUUAGUUGCGGAACUCCUCCACUGUUCCAAUAUGAUCUUGCUCAAUUCCAGGAAAAUUACAAAAAUUAUUAGCAUCAGAGAUCAAAUUAGGUCUCAACAAAGCAAACGCUUGAGAAAAGCUUUAAACGACAAAAUGGCAUUUCGAGACUCUCCUAACGUGCAUGACGUAACAUCCGGAUUGGAUGACGUUUCACUUGACGACGUCCAUUUCGAUUCUACCAGCCCACACCAAAGUGCAGAAGAUGACGAGACAACACAUGAAUUUUAUCACUUAAUCAAUGCACUAGAUACUAUUGAGGACUCUGAAGAUGAGGAGCCUUCAAUCUCCCCCGAAAAUCCAUUUGUAUGUGCUGAAAGAGAUGCCACGAUAAGGCUGGAUCCUUGCGUGGGGGAUCUUUUCAAAAUAAAACUCAUUGAUCUGAACAUUUUGCUAAAUAUUAUUAACAAUUUUGCCAACUACAAGUGGAAUAAUUUUUUCCACAAUGUAGUCUUUGACUUGAUCCAGCAAAUCUUUAAUGGGAAGCUUAAUUCAUACAAUUCAUUUUUGAUAGUUGAACUAUUCAAGAGAGAUAAAUGCGAUCUUACUGGUUUGAUUGUUGGCGCUUUUAAGAGUGAAUUAGAGCCGAGACCCGGAUAUAUGGGACACUUGAUUUUGAUAGGAGAAGAAAUUGUAAAGUUCAUCUCCUUAUACAAGCCAGAUUUGAUAUCGCCUAUAAUUGUUGAAUCAGUUCUGAGUGAACAAUGGAAUUGGUUUGUUAAUGACUUAUUGUCAAAAACUCGAGAAGUAUAUAAUGCCAUCCUAGGUGCUGAUGAUUGCGAUGAUGGUGUCGAUUAUGGAUACGACAGCUCUUCCGUUGGUUAUUUGGAUAUGGAUCUGCCAAAGAAGAUAAUAUUAGGCGAUACAUCCAAUCAUGACGAAUUUGUUCACGAUAGGUCAAGCAGUGGUGGUAGUAACGACGGCGGCAGUGACGAGGAUGGCGAAGAAGAAGAAGAAGAAGAAGAAGAGGAGGACGAAGAUGAGGAUGUGGAUAAAGAUGAAAAGGAGAAGGAGGGUAAAAACAACAACAGUAAUAGCAAGAAUGAAGAUAUAGGUGGAUCCGACACGGACACUAGGAAAAUGGUAUUAGAUAGUGAUGUUACAAAACAUAGAAUGUUGGAAGAUAACGGGGAUGAAGACAAAGAAAUUGAUCAUGAUGAAAACAGUACUACCAAGAACAAUUUGUCAUGA